AUGGGUUUACCGCGAGCGCUCCCAAUCGUGGCCGGCGCACUUGCGCUCAUCGCUACCAUCACGAUCGUCGUCAUCCACGUCGUGCUCGCCGCACACAUCACCCAGGUCACCCCCGUAAGGACGUCGUCCGUCCUGUCUUCGGUUUUGGAAAGCAUUCUUUUGGCGGUCUUGGGAUGGAUGUUGUCAGCAAACUUGAUUCCCAAGUUCCGGAACUCCUCGAAGCGCCUCAUCAGCGCAAUGUUCGGCGUCAGCGUCCUGACAUGCACUCUAGCAACCGCGGCGUCGGUCGCCACCAUGAUCUGCCUCGGCAACGCGACGAGGGGCUUGUCGGAUUCGAUUCUCGGUGCGAAGCAAACGAGCUUCCUCAUCGCCUCGUCCGUUGCGCUUGGUCUUUGCUUUGCGUGUCAGCUCAUCUUCAUUGUCAUUCACUUUGUCUUGGCACGUCUGUCUGCUCGUGAGGAGGCAGACUCUUACAACACCGACGAGGAGUCGACAAGGAGGUCGCCUCACUUCCACACCAAGUCGGUCAAGUCGAUUCCUUACACCCGCACCUCGCCCACGUACGAGAGCCGGAGUCGUUCCACCUCAAUGGGUUCUCAGACCCCUCCCCAGUCGAGCAGCGGCCGCUCGGCGACUGAGACCCUGAGCUCCAUCCGCUCUUCCCUGUCCAACGUCGUCCGCCCCAUCUCUUCCAGGACGCGCCUGCUGCCGUUGCGGGAGAAGCGCAGGGCCGAGUCAAUCGACUCGAACCACUACCGCUCGCGGUCGAGCAGCGUCAACGAGGACUCGUCCUUUGACUCCUGGGACACCUCCUCGGUUGACAUGCAGAGCCGCAUGACCGUUCUCGGCACAUCGUCUCCCCCCGGCCGGUUCUUGGAGACGAUCCCCGCCAGCCCUACCACAAGCCGCAGCCCCAGCCCCGGGACGCCGCUCGAUCUGGAGCCUCCUCGCGCACGCCGCCGGAGUCGCAGCUACAGCCCCGUCGCCGAUCUCCGCCGCCCCAACACCACCUUCACCAUGCAAAACUGCGCGAGUGACGGCGAGCUUCAACGACCGGAGCCCGCGUUCACGAUGCAGGGCUCCGCCAGUGAAUCUCACAUCCACCCUCUUUUCCGGUCUGACUCGCCAGACCCCCCGCCGAUGGUGACGCCCGGCACCAUGGUGGUAGCUGCGCCCGACGCAGGCCGUGUCAUCUCGGACAGGCACAGCGUGCGCCGGAUGAGAAGCGGCAGUCUGCCCUCCGGGCCCAGCCCGCUCAGUCGCACGAGCAGCAUCGACAACUUCUUCCCCAACGGGCACCCGGUUAAGGAGGAGAAGGAGGAGCUCGAGUCGCCGCAGGAGAAGGAAGAACUCGAUGAUCCCAACGAGAGACAGAUGACUCCACCGAUCCCGGAGUGGAUACUCACCGCCGGUGCUCGGACGAGCCUGAACGGGUACCACAGCCGCAAGCUCCGGAUCGAAGACGGGGACGUCAAGGAGGAACAAUCAUGA